AUGUGGAGAGCCUUUCUAGAUUGGGCUGUCAAUCCAGAAUUUGCUGCUCAGUACGUCUGGGAAAAGGCCCACGACCGUUCCGGCCGUCCUCCGGAGCGAGCCUUGCAAGAUUUAAAACUCGACUGGAAGCGAGUUGUCACUAAGUUGGCCAAGCGAGACCGAGUCCCGUCCAAAGCACGAGAUCUGGUCGAAGCUCGGGACAGUUCACACUGCUUUAUGCUGGAUCAGAAGACAUUGGAUCCCAGCAUAUCCAUUCGUUUCGAUCAUGCCUGGGUGGUCCCACCGAGCCUUUUCGAUGACAGUGACAUGGACCCGCAGGGCCCUCUUUAUGCCCUUCUGCAAGCCUUCUUAACCCCUGCCAAAACAUUCGAGCUUCAGACCAUUCUACAAACUGAUAGGUUGGGAUCUCUACCGAGAAAUUUAUUCUUACUCUCUCCUAGCAUUCAUGCAGCUUUUCGAAAUGGGCACAUCGAAGUCUUCCCCCCUACAUAUACUGGCGAUCAGUGGAAUGAUAACACCGAGACCAAAAUCAAAACGGCGAGAAAGGUUUAUACGCGAGCCCGAACCUUGUGGAUCGCUUUUCCUCAGCGAUGGCAGCCCAUGGGACCAGACAACGCAGAUGUUCAUCAUGGAGACCCAAGACGGCUACCUCUUCCAGAUCCGUUCUUAUUCCGAACACACUGCCGCCUUGCAGCCUCCCUGCAUCUAUUUCAUGUUGAAGAACAAGUGCUUGAGGGCUGGCCCUCGCCCCCUCUAUUCCACUUGCGUGCAAGGACAGAAAAAGCAUUACGCUCUCUUUGGCAUUUUGCACCCAAUUUAAUACGUGUCCAAUGCUACAGUGUGCUCCUGAAAUUAGGCAGUCACUUAUACCCGCGGUACUUCACCGGGCUCGUGCACCAGCUGCCGUUCGGACUGUAUGGGAAAGAAUGCAUAUGCUCUCGUCGUAACGAAGCUGAGACCUUGCGGCUAGUAGAACAAAUAACAUCAAUCCCCGCACCUCUCUGGGUGGAUGAUUACCAGGAAACGCACCCCGUUCUCAUUAUGACGGCCGUGCCCGGACAAACGCCGGAGGCGGUCUUUCACCGACUCUCAUACUCGGAGCGCGAGGAGCUGUCGAAAGAUUUGAAGGGUGUUUUGUCGCAGCUGCGGUGCAUUCCAAACCGAACCCCGUAUUCAUGGCGGCCCACUAAUCAUCGAUUUCCCUCCGGCACAUGUGGUCCGUUCCACCUGAUUUCCGAUUUCAAUGCCUUCCUCGUUCACUCCUACGUGCGCAAUGAGACCAAGGACAAGACUUCAGCCGUCCAUACCCGUCCAUACCAAUCUUUUUUCACGCAUGCAGACCUGCAUCCUAGCAAUAAUCUUAUUGAUCGCGGACGCCUGUCUGGAAAUGUGGACUGGGAAUGCGCUGGCUUUUAUCCUGAGUACUGGGAGUAUACGAAGCUUAUGUAUGGCGCAGAACGAUUCCAGGGAAUUCAACACGUCAUGCGUGAAGCGUUCGCAGAAGAUAGAUAUGAGGAGGAGCUAGAGGCCGAGAGGCUGCUAUGGUAUGACACGCCAUUUGGUGUUUGA